AUGGGCCAAAACCUGAAGAUCGAUCUUUUGGGCGCCAUCGAAAUGCUGAAAGCGUCGUGGGAUAACGUCAAGCAGUCGACGAUAGCCAACUGCUUUCAGCAUGCGGGCUUCGCUGGCUGCACUGACGAGGCAUCAGUGGAAGAAUCCGAGGAAGCUGGGUUGGCUUGCGCAGAUGAAGAAAGCCAGCUCGCCGAAACGUGGAGCAAGCUGGAGAGCCUUGUUGGUGCCGAGCCGCAAAGCAUGUGCAUCGACGACUUCGUUGGAGGUGACGACAGCACUGGUACAACAGCGGAGCUGACGGAUGUGGAGAUCGUCGCCAAAGUUACUGCUGAGCAGCCAAAUGAAAACGCUGCCGAGAUGGAUCCCGCAAGCGCUGAUGAUGCCCCGCUCCCUACAUCAGCUGAGGUCAUAGCUGCUCUGGCCCUUGUGCGCCGCCACUGCGGCGUGAUUGAAGGCACCGGCCUAUCACUUGUGGAUCACCUGGAUUAUAUUGAGAACGCAGUCGUCAAACACGCCAUUGCCAACAAAAAGCAGGCUACCCUUUUUCAGUAUUUUAAGCCGACGCAAUAAAUGCUUUGAUUGAAUCCUCAAGUGAGUACUUACUGCACCAUGAUUGGUUCAUUGGUUGUUUUCCACAAGUUUUUGACGAAUUUUUUACUUGAUUUUUUAUAUCGAAUUCUGGAUAUAUCGAACUAUUUCGCGAUCGCCGCGCUGUUCGAUAUAUCGAGGUUCGACU